AUGGCCCACAGUCUACAAGGACAACAGUUGCGCAAGCCAACUGCCUUCGUUGUCGGCAUGAACUGCAGCCUUUACAUAAUUAUCAGCACAUUGAUAAUGUAUCUAGCAGCACUGCAAGUGGCCACCGCAUUGCCAGAGUAUACACACUGGCAUCAGCGGCAUCGCCGUCAUCAGCAGCAUGGCAAUGUCGCCACAAAUUCCACAGCCGCGGGCAGCAGCACGAGCAGCAGCAGCAGCAUCACCACCGAUACCGCUGCCACCAAUGUGUCGUCGUUGGGCAUGCAUCACACCAAUUGGCGUCGCAUCGAAAUGAUGGAUGCCAAUGGCCUGUACUGGCUGGAGUGGUGGCUGAAAGGCACCACCACGAAGGAGAUACACUUUCGUGCCACUGUCAAUACACGCGGUUUCAUUGGACUCGGUUUUGCGCGGAAGAAUCCCCGCAUGGCCAAUGCUGAUUUGGUGUUGCUGUGGGUCGACGAUCGCACCGGCAAAGCCAAUGCGCUGGACUGUCAUGGCUCUGCAAAGCAUCCCAAUGCAGCCCCGAUACAAGACGAUACGCAAAACUACAAUGUGAUUGAUGGUGGGCAAAAUGGUACACACACAUGGGUGGAGUUCUCACGUAAAUUGGAGACUUGCGAUCCCUACGAUUUGCCAUUGGGGGUCGACACCGUCAAAGUGCUAUGGACAUUCGGCGAAACCGAUCCUAUUUAUGGCGACUUAAAGGGACAUGGCAAGAAUCGCGGUUACAAAUCGCUCAACUUGCUCGGUCCAAUGUUCCGUAAGGAAGUCAACACUGACACACACAAAUGGGAUGUUACAGUGCAGAAUGUCACAAUUGAGCCCAGCAUGGACACACUAUACUGGUGUAAGAUAAUACGUGCGCCCACGCUAAGCGAGAAACAUCACAUAAUAGGUUAUGAAGCAUUAUUAUCACGUGAGAGCAACACCAACCAACCGCUUGUACACCAUAUGACACUCUUUGAAUGCACAACCAAGUCAUAUCCCGGCUCGGAUCCACACUCGUGGGAGGUGUGGGUGAAGAGCAGCGGCGCGGUAUGCAACAGUAAUUUAUUGACGCCACACGAUUGGGACUCAUGCAUAACACCAGUGGCGGUGUGGUCUAUUGGCUCGACAGGACAAUUUCUGCCACAGCAUGUCGGCAUACCGGUGGGCGGCAAGCAAGGCGCUAAGUAUUAUAUGCUCGAGAUACACUAUGACAAUCCACACGCACAGCAAAUCGUCGAUCACUCGGGCUUUCGCAUACAUUACACGAGUCGUUUGCGGCCCAACGACGCAGGCAUUAUGAUUUCCGGCGUGUCAGUUUCGGACACACAGCUCAUACCACCCGGCCAGAAGCUAUACCGCAACAUUGGCAUCUGUGGGCCAUCCUGCUCAAAUGUGAUGUUUCCCGCUGACGGCAUUAAAAUCAUCUCCGGCACAUUGCAUUCACAUCAUGCUGGCCGCAAAAUGACGCUGCGUCACGUGCGCGACGGCAAGGAGCUGGAGCGCAUUAUCGAGGAUGACAACUAUGAUUACAACUUCCAGCAGGUGCGUCAGCUGGAACAAGAAGUCGUCGUAUUACCGGGCGAUUACAUUAUUACCGAUUGCGCUUAUGAGACAUUGAAUCGCAAACAUCCGACCUUCGGUGGUUACUCAACCAAACAGGAGAUGUGUCUGUCCUUUAUCACCUACUAUCCACGCAUUGAGUUGGCUGGCUGCUACAGCAUGACGCCGGUGCGUGAGUUUUUCGAAACAUUUGGCGUUUAUCAAUUUUACUCGCUCAACAUGACAGAUGUGGAGAAUUUAUUCCUCUACAACGGCAAUGUCCUGGACUAUAUACCGAACACGAUUUAUGCCAAAACGAAAAAGAAUCGCGUAAAUAUGACGGAUGAAGAGCGACUGUAUGAAGAAUCAUUGCUAAACAAGCUGAUCAUUUCCGAUCCCGUCGAGUUCCAUGACCGCACAUUUUUAUCGCAUUUGAAGCAGUUGCCUUGGUCUGAGCCGCUUUUUACGAAGCGCGUCGAGCAAACCAUGAUUACUGGCAAGCAUAUGACGUUCUGUAGGGUGUCCAAUGAGUCGCUGUCAAUACCGUCGGAGAUUAUACGCUAUCCCAACUUUACAACGUACGUGAAGGAACCCAGCAUUUGUCCAUUCCAAAUGCUAAUGGACAGCGCACCACUCAACAAGGGUACAGCGAUAGCGUUGCAAACCGCAACCAUAACGCUCUCGACCGUGGUCCUCAUGCUGCUUAACUGCUAUUUAUGCUAGUUCAUGAUAAUUUUAUAUAUUAAAUAUAUAUGCAGAUAUAUUACACAGUAGUAUUAUUUAGUA